UGACAUGACAGUUCCAGAUGGUCAGUGAUCAUAAUCAAUUUUAUUCGUUCAUUUUUUCAAAAUAAAUAAUGCGACAUAGUAGGCCAUUAAUUUGAUAGUAAAAGUGAUAUAUAUGUAAAAUUUUAACCGCAAGUGCCAACAGCAAUAUUAAUUUUUUCUUGCUAUUACUUAUUUCGGAUGAAGUCAGCUGACGAAUAUAAACAAAGGGAAUGUUAAUAGUUAAGUGUUAAAAGAAUUGCUGAAAGUGCCUGUGAUUUAGUUUUAAGCAUAAUGGAUGUUGACGGUUCAGCUGGCGAGAUAAGUCAGAAUCUUGGAGAGAUAGAUCAAAACCUCCUCCUGCAGUUUAGUUGUAUGAACACUACUGAUAGAGAAGAGCUCAUAAGUCAAAUGCAGAGACUUUUAGGUCCCACUUUGAACUAUAAUACAGCUAGUUUUUUCUUGGAUAUGAGCAAUUGGAAUUUGCAAGCAGCAAUAUGUUGUUAUUUAGAUUAUAGUAUACCUACAAAGCUUCCAUCAAUGUCAUUGAAAGCAGCUCAAAAUCAAGAAUCUGCAGUUGGACCAUCAACUUAUUUUGAACAAAAUUGGAGUAUUGCUAACACAGGAACUGAGGCAUGGCCGGGUAGCUGUAGGUUAAUUCAAGCGGGUGGUGAACCUUUGGGAGCAGUACCACUUUAUGUACCACCUUUGCUUCCCGGACAUUCCACAAACGUUAGCAUGAAACUGUUAGCACCAAGUGUUGCCGGUGUACACCGAGGCUACUUCCAUUUGAUUUCAGAUAAAGGGGAACAAAUUGGAGAUACAUUAUGGGUAGAAGUAACAGUAGAAUCUGAAGUGACAAUGGCUCUAGCUGAGCAGAUGGCCGCCUUACCAGUACCUAGUAGUAGAUUGGACGAUACAGUACCUCAGGCAACACCACAAGAUGACAAAAUGUGUUGAUAUGGAAGUCACUAUCACUUCUGCAAUAUUGAUACAAAGAAAAUGUCGAUACUACUUCCUCCAUAAAAUUAGUUUUUUUUUUUUAUAAUUUGUAAUUUAAAUUAAAUAUUUUGCUACUCAUCAUGAUGUUACAGAAAUGCAAUAAUAUAGUAGUCUCAAUGUAAGAAGAAUAAGACUUAAAAACAAUGGUAUAAUGUACAAAUGUUGUAAUACUUAUAAAGUAACUCUAAGAUGAGAAUCAUGAAUUUAUUAUUGUUGUGACAUUUACAAAUUGUAUAAUAAAUAAAAUAGAAACAAAUUUAUUAGCAUCACUUAGUUGUAGGUAUGAAUUGCCAUUAUUUGAUAAUAAUUAUGGGGGUUUUAUUUUGUAGUACUAUUUGACUUUUAAUUUGAAUAAAAUUAAUAUUUCA